AUGGGCAACUGCUGCUGCGGGGGGUCGUCGUCAGCGGAGCCCGCGCCGCCGGACGCCUCCGCGGGGUCCAGCCGCCCCGGGGGCGGCUCCAGCGGGGGCCCGCUGGCCGCCGGCGGGGUCUCGGCGACCACGGCGCCCACGCCCGCCAAGCCCCCGGCGCCCGUCGGCCCCGUGCUGGGGCGGCCGAUGGAGGACGUCAAGAGCACCUACAGCAUCGGCAAGGAGCUCGGGCGCGGGCAGUUCGGCGUCACGUCGCUGUGCACGCACAAGGCCACGGGGGAGAAGUUCGCGUGCAAGACCAUCAGCAAGCGCAAGCUCUCCACCAAGGAGGACAUCGAGGACGUGCGCCGCGAGGUGCAGAUCAUGUACCACCUCUCCGGCCAGCCCGGCGUCGUGGAGCUCAAGGGCGCCUACGAGGACAAGAGCUCGGUGCACCUCGUCAUGGAGCUCUGCGCCGGCGGGGAGCUCUUCGACCGGAUCAUCGCCAAGGGCCACUACACCGAGCGCGCCGCCGCGUCGCUGCUCCGCACCAUCGUCGAGAUCGUCCACACCUGCCACACCAUGGGCGUCAUCCACCGGGAUCUCAAGCCCGAGAACUUCCUCCUCGUUAGCAAGGACGAGAACGCGCCGCUCAAGGCCACCGACUUCGGUCUCUCCGUCUUCUUCAAAGAAGGGGAGGUGUUCAGGGACAUCGUCGGCAGCGCCUACUACAUCGCGCCGGAGGUGCUGAAGCGGAGCUACGGGCCGGAGGCCGACAUCUGGAGCGUCGGCGUCAUCGUCUACAUCCUGCUGUGCGGCGUUCCGCCCUUCUGGGCAGAAUCGGAGCACGGUAUCUUCAAUGCCAUCCUGAGAGGGCAGGUUGACUUCACCAGCGACCCGUGGCCGCGCAUCUCGCAUGGCGCCAAGGACCUCGUCAGGAAGAUGCUCAACCCUGACCCCAAACAGCGGAUUUCUGCAUACGACGUCCUCAAUCAUCCGUGGAUCAAGGAGGAUGGCGAGGCGCCCGACACGCCGCUGGAUAACGCUGUCCUCGGUCGGCUCAAGCAGUUCAGAGCUAUGAACCAGUUCAAGAAGGCGGCGCUACGGGUUAUCGCCGGAUGCCUGUCGGAGGAGGAGAUCAGGGGUCUCAAGGAGAUGUUCAAGAGCAUGGACUGCGACAACAGCGGCACGAUAACCGUGGACGAGCUCCGGCGAGGGCUGGCCAACAAGGGCACCAAGCUCAGCGAGGCCGAAGUCCAGCAGCUCAUGGACGCUCAUCCCCCGCAGCGAGCGAGCCCUGAAUCGCGCGUUGAUUUGUGGCAGGCCGACGCCGACGGGAACGGGACGAUCGACUACGAGGAGUUCAUCACGGCGACGAUGCACAUGAACCGGAUGGGCCGGGACGAGCACCUCUACACCGCGUUCCAGUACUUCGACAAGGACAACAGCGGGUACAUCACCAUGGAGGAGCUGGAGCAGGCCCUCAGGGAGAAGGGGCUCCUCGACGGCCGGGACAUCAAGGAGAUCGUGGCCGAGGUCGACGCCGACAACGACGGGCGGAUCAACUACACCGAGUUCGCGGCGAUGAUGAGGAAAGGGGACCCGGAUCAGCCGUCCAACCCCAGGAAGCGGCGCGACGUCGUCCUGUGA